UGAUGAGCCGCUUCCAAUUGCGAGGCAGGCAGCACAUGACAUAAGAUGCUCCAGAUCUGCCUCCUGAGUGCUAGUUUAAAAAUAAAGCCGAGUCCACAUUGUCUGGAGCGGCUGCAGGAGAAGAGACUGCACAAAGGCGGAGACGAUGCGGUGGACAAUGCUAUGCGAGUCAGAUGCACGCGUGACACUCGCGGAACCAGACCCCACCGCUUAUUUUAAUUCGGGUCCUCAAGGGAACGGUGAGGUGGCACUAGAUGAUGUGCUGCUCAGCUCUGCAACGAGAUCUGAUGAGGUCCCUGGCAUCAAGACAGCUGAAGGCACCAACAAAAAGCCAGACAUGCAUAGCUUCAGAGCCUCUUCACCUCCGGCCUCCAGUCUGUGGACAACACGACGAGAUGGGGAAGUCAAAUUGAGGAUGGAGGAACAGGGCGUAGGCAGCGAGGUGCCAAAGACCAUUCAUGAACUGUUCCGGGAAGCUGUUUGUAAAUACCGAGAUCGUUAUGCCCUUGCUUCCAAGAAGGAUGGCCAGUGGAUAAAACUAACGUACAAGACGUACUAUCAUGAGUGCUGGAAAGCAGCAAAAAGCUUCCUGAAGCUGGGACUGGAGCGUUUCCAUGGAGUUUGCAUCUUGGGAUUCAAUUCUGCAGAGUGGUUUAUUGCUGACAUUGGAGCUAUCCUUGCAGGGGGAUUUGCUGUUGGUAUCUAUGCUACAAACUCUCCUGAGGCCUGUCACUACGUAGCAGAGAACUGCAGUGCCAAUGUUGUGGUAGUGGAAAACGAUAAACAGCUUCAGAAAAUAUUAGAGAUUCGGCGUAGACUACCUCAUCUGAAAGCCAUUGUCCAGUAUGGGGAAGAGAUAAAAGAGAAGAGACCAGGUCUGUACUCGUGGAGUGAGUUCAUGGCCCUUGGCAAAGAUAUUCCAGAUCUUCAGCUCCGUGAAAUCAUUGAGUCGCAGAAGCCUAACCAGUGCUGUACACUCAUCUAUACCUCAGGGACAACAGGACAGCCGAAGGGAGUGAUGCUCAGUCACGACAACCUGACGUGGACGGCGGUGGCCGCAGGACGCUUCCUAAUGCUGGCAAAUACCAAAGAGCAGGAGGAGGUGGUGGUCAGCUAUCUGCCCCUCAGCCAUAUCGCUGCGCAGAUGUGUGAUAUCUGGGUGCCAAUUGCAUACGGUGCACAAGUUUUCUUUGCUCAGCCAGAUGCAUUAAAGGGCUCCUUGAUAGACACCAUUCGGGAAGUGAGGCCGACUGCUUUCCUGGGAGUUCCUCGUGUCUGGGAAAAAAUAGAAGAAAAAAUGAAAUCCAUAGGUGCAAGAUCGUCAGUGUUUGGAAGGAGAGUGGCCUCGUGGGCCAAGGAGGUUGGGCUGCAGACAAACCUGAAGCGGAUGAAUGGCUAUUCUGAAGACCCAGUGAAUUUCCGCUUAGCCAGGCACUUGGUGUACAACAGAGUGCGGAAGGCCCUGGGGCUGGACCGCUGCAUGAGGUGCUACACGGGGGCUGCCCCCGUCUCCAGGGAGACACUGGAAUUCUUUCUAAGUCUGAACAUUCCUGUGCUUGAGCUGUAUGGGAUGAGUGAGAGCUCUGGGCCUCACACAAUGUCUCUACCUAACGUGUUCAAGCUUACCAGCUGUGGGAAGGAACUCGAAGGCUGCAGGACUCUGAUCCACAAUCCAGAUGCUGAUGGUGUCGGGGAGAUCUGCUUCUCGGGAAGGCACAUCUUCAUGGGCUACUUGAACAUGGAAGAGAAAACUAGAGAGGCCAUUGAUGAAGAGGGCUGGCUGCAUUCAGGUGACCUCGGCAAGCACGAUAAGGAUGGAUUCCUCUUCAUCACCGGCAGAAUUAAAGAGCUCAUCAUCACUGCUGGAGGUGAGAACAUUCCUCCUGUUCCCAUUGAGGAUGCUGUAAAAGAUGCUCUUCCUAUCAUCAGCAAUGCCAUGUUGGUUGGAGACAGAGCAAAAUUCCUUGCUAUGCUCUUAACACUAAAGUGCAAGGUAAAUGCAGAAACCGGUGAGCCAGGAGAUGAACUCACGCCUGAAGUUAUCAAAUACUGUCAGAAGCUGGGCAGCAAGGCUACGAAAGUCUCCGAGAUCAUCAGCAACAAAGACCAGGCUGUCUACGCGGCGAUCCAGAAGGGAAUUGCAGCAGUCAACGAGAGGGCUGUCUCCAACGCGCAGAAAAUCCAGAAGUGGGUCCUCCUGGAGAAGGACUUCUCUCUCGCUGGUGGCGAACUGGGCCCCACGAUGAAGCUGAAGAGACCGGUGGUGACAAAGAAGUACAAAGAUGAAAUUGCUCAGUUCUACGCGGAGGUGGAAACACCCACCACACCGGAGAACGCUUUCCAGCAGUAGCGUGGAGGCUCCACGCUGUGGACUGAAGCAAGCUUGGAGGACGCUUCCCCUGCUGUCCGCCUGGGAUCCAGGAAGGAUUCCCUGCCUUGAGGUGAAAUAAAGGAGGCUUGGUCAUCACGCAGCCCUUCCACAUCGCUUCUCCGUACAUAGCUUGGACCUCGUACUGUAGUGUGGUGUGCGUGUUGGUGCCCAGUGUUUGCCUGUGUCUGUGUUCUCAUGCCAAGAUAUUCCCAGGUCUCCUUGCUUUGUAUUUUUUGUCUUUUUAUUCUUAUAAGGGCAAUGCAAUCUUUACCUUAAAUCCACAUUAUAAGUUAUGUUUUAACCAAAGUUUUCUUUUCCUGCUCUGAAUGUAAAACAAUCGGGGACUGCAGUUUCGCUGCUGAGGGAGAAAGGCAGAUUCCUCCCUCGUGGUGCCCUUCCCUCCCCGAUGCACGGUUGCUGCAUGCUGUGAGGACAUUGGAAUCGUUUGAAAUCAUUUUAAAUCUCUCUACCCUCAUCCGUCUCCCGUCAGGGCUGACGACGCCGUGUGGAGCCUCCCCUUCCUUGGGUUUGUUUGUGCAAUAUUUUGAGUCUGGUUUAUCUUGUUGAGUUUGAACGAAGCCAUAAAUGUAUUGCUAAAAUAGGAACGGCCUGUGAAGCGCAAAAGGGACCGUUUGUGAGGCUGCGGACAUCUGUGUGUGAAGUCUGUCUGUAGCUUUAUAAUCCCAGGAACGCCAUCCUGAGCUGCCUGAAGCUUCAGAGCGGUGGGAUGGGCUGAGGCUUUGUACCUGCACUUGUAAAGAGGAGCUGAGCUUGGGAGCCCAGGUCUCUUGCAGGGCUGUGCUCAGCCAUUCCAGCAAGGGUAAAGGCCCUUUACAUGGAAUUCAGGGAAUGCAGGACACGCAGGAGGGGCCUUCUCCAGAGCCAGGAGCUCUUGAAUGUCUCUUCUAAAUGGUUCUGCGAGGCUUAUUCCUGCUGCCCCGUGUUUGGAGUGAGCAUUAAUCCCUGCAGCAGCUGGAGUGUGUGUAAACUGGCUUAUUUUGAACCAGAAACCGUUAUCAGAACACAGGUGGGACAGUGGUGCCUUUGAGUCGGGGUGGUGUCACCCACUGCCAGAGGAGAGCAGGAGCUCCGAGGGGAAGGGCAAGAGGCACCACGGCUCCUGAAUAACACCAACAGCACUGGCCGCCGGCACCUCCAGCCUUGCUCCGUAAGGGAACCGUGGGGAAUGAUGGCACCUGGAACGGGGCUCCUGAGGGCGUCAAAUCUAAAGCUUUUUUCCCCUGUCUGUGCUCGGUGGAUUCCAUGUGCCUGUGUGCCUACAGUGGGGGUUGAAAUGUGCUGUCGGAUCCACUGCUGAUCCCGUGCAAGACUGUGUUCUUGACUCUGCGAACUGGAAAUGCCUCCAACGUUGGAGGAAUUCCUAAUAAACAACUCUGCAGGUCGUGUC